CAGAGGUUCUCGUCGAAGCUUUUAACCACUGUCAUUAACAAAGAAGAUGUUUCCAAGCAGAACGGACUGACAGCGAUAAGGUAGAGACUAAGGAGAUAAAACUCAUACUAAGACGGACAAUACUUAAUUGCGACGUGGUGAUGAUAUCAACAGUGUAGCUGUAUGAUGUAGGAAUUGCCAACUUCAGGAAGUACAGUAAGAUAUCUUUUGAUAACGACUCGGGACGUCAUUUCUGAAUGUCAUUAAUUAAUCUAUGUUUACAGUAACCUUUCCUUCCUGGGAUAAGAAGUUUAGUUGAUAAAGUUUUGCGUAAAUUCAUGCGUAAAACUACGUUUUCGUUUCAACCUGAGUGCGACGGAAUGAAACUAAGGAGACGAUGUAGAUCCUGGUAGACAUACAACACUGUAAACAACGCCGUAUUUGUUUUCGACAUGGAAAUAAAUACACUAAGAGUAGAGUCAAGCCUUUGGAUAGGGAGUAAGCGUUACCGGGCAGCACUGAGCGGCUGGUACUUCAGCUGGACUGAACUUGACAAGAAGAACAGAGAGAAGAAAACAGUUUCAGUGCGGGUCGCUGAGGUGAUCGGAGUUGAGGAUGGAAGGGUGGAGGUUCUACCCCAGAAGAAGGUGGAGGACACUGACCGAGACUUCACCUUGUUUUAUGUGAAGCGCGGUGGCCGUGGAGGUAGCCAGAGAGGACACUGGACUCUGGGCAGGACCCAGUUCAGCUGUCCCAGCCGAGACCUCCGCGACCAGUGGGUCACCCAGCUCAGGACGGCCCUCAAAACCCACAGUCCAUCUCGGCCCCACAGACUGCUGGUGUUCAUCAACCCAUAUGGAGGCAAGCAGAGAGGGAAGCAGAUCUACCACUCCCUGGUGGCUCCUCUGUUUGAGCUGGCUGGUAUCAGCUCUCAUGUUGUCGUUACUGAACGGGCCAACCAGGCAAGGGAUCAUAUCCUAAAGAAGGACCUAACGGGCUUUGAUGGCGUGGUGUGUGUGGGCGGGGAUGGAAUGUUCAGCGAGCUGCUGCAUGGCGUGAUUGGCCGGACCCAGCAGGAGGCGGGCCUGUCGGAACACGACCCCAACGGCGUGUUGAGGCCGUGUGACCUCCAUAUUGGGAUCAUUCCAGCAGGCUCCACAGACUGUGUCUGUUUUGCCACCGUGGGCGUGAAUGACCCCGUGACCUCAGCUCUCCACAUCAUCAUCGGAGACUCGCAGCCCCUGGAUGUGUGUGCUGUGCACCACAUGUCUGCGCUGGUGCGCUACUCCGUGUCCCUGGUGGGCUAUGGUUUCUAUGGUGACGUGCUGGCAGAGAGCGAGAGGCACCGUUGGAUGGGGCCACUUAGAUACGACUACUCUGGUGCCAUGGUGUAUUUGUGUAACCAGAGUUACCAGGCCACUGUGCAGUUCCUCCCUGCUGACCCUGGCCUGUCCAGCCCCAGGGACAAAACCCGCUGCCUCUCCGGGUGCCGCGUGUGCUCUGAGAGCACGGAGCGGUUAUUCCCCCUUUCCGACAGUUGCUCACUAUACAGUGACAAGCUCAGUCAGUACAGCGACCAGUCUGAAGGUGAGUGGGUGAGUGUAACGGGCCGCUUCAAGUGCAUCUCCCUCACCUGCAUGUCCAGCUCCUGCCCCAAAAGCCCCCUGGGCCUGUCGCCCUCUGCACACCUGGCCGACGGGACGGGUGACCUCAUCCUGGUGCGAGACACCAACCAGCUCAGCUUCCUCACCUACCUGCACCGACACACCACCUCACAGGACCAGUUUGACCUGCCCUUUGUGGAAGUGCACCGGGUGAAGGCCUUCAGGUUCUCCCUGCCCCCGGGAGAGCCCUAUGAAGACGACGACAAUGAGGAGGAGGAGGACGGGAGGAUGGACCAUGGUGCUGAGGAGGCUAUGGAGCAUCCCAGCUCGUUGCCACAGGGACCUGACUCCAGGAGCGGCUCUCAGCUAAACCUGGCCAGCACGCCGGCCAAGAGCAGGAAGAGAGACUUCCUAUGUGGACUCUGCUGCAGCAAGCGGCCUGCCGUGUCCGUGUGGAACUGCGACGGUGAGCUCCUUCCCCACACAGAGAUCUCAUGCAGGGUGCAUGGGCAGCUGGUGCGUCUGUAUGCCAGGGGGAUAGAGGACGACGGCGGCACCUGGGGCCUCUGUGAAGACAGCAGGCACUGCAAGGGCAAAUGUGCGCUACACUCGCGGUAGUGACAACCAGGGCCGGAUUAAUACACAGGCUAGACAUGGCUGCAGCCUGGUGUGGGGUCCCCCGAUUGGACAAAGUAGGGGAGAAAAAAAAAACAUUAAUUUAAAGGUACACUGUGUGAGAUUUUUAGUUGUUCAUUUCCAGAAUUCAUGCUGCCCAUUCACUAAUGUUACCUUUUUCAUGAAUACUUACCACCACCAUUAAAUUCUAAGUAUUCAAUAUGACUGGAAAAAUAGCACUUUUCAUACAUGAAAAGGGGGAUCUUCUCCAUGGUCCGCCAUUUUGAAUUUCCAGAAAUAGCCAUUUUUAGCUGCAAAAAUGACUGUACUUGCACCAUACUAGAAAAUAUUAGUUUAUUACCAAAUUUACCAAUAGGCAGCCCAGUUUCAAUGAGCAGCAUAGUUGCAGUACCUUUUUUGACCAUGUCCUGCACAGUGUCCCUUUAAGAAAUGUAAAAAGUGUGGAAUUGAGAAAUGAGUCUUCUGUUGAGUUUGAGUUUUCAAUAUAGUUAAUACUCAUUCCUGGCUCGUUCCUGAAUUAUGAUGCAGUCUACCUUCAUUGUAUUGCAUACUUUGUUUUCUGUGGGGGCCUACAACAACCUAUAGUCAAGGGGCCCCAUACGAUAUUAAUCCGGCCCUGGUCACACCACUUGUAGCACACACAUCGGACAGACAGGCUGAAUAUAGAUAUACGUCCACUGGCUAUAUGAACUAGGCUGGGUGUACAGUAGGAGACCCAUUAGAAGUAGAGGCUCGAGGACACGGCAGCUUAUUCAAGUUUUUAUUGUGUGGAAACACCCAACUAACGUUUUGGUGUUGCUACACUUUCUUCAGAGCCCUUCAGCGUAACAACACCGAAACGUUAGUCAGGUGUUUGCACGCAAUAAAAACUUAAAAACUAAGCUGCCAUGUACUCCGGCCUCUACCUAAGUGAUUUUUUGUCCCACUCUGAUGCACCUACAAGCUAAGGGAUGAUUGUGUGGAGUCCCAAUCGUACUAUGACUUCUAUUUUCCUGUUCCAUACACAUACCAUGUGACCUUGCAAGGAACAAUCAUGUUGCAGUCAAGAAAACAUGGUACGAAAUCAGUUAUUCCUACUGUACAUACACCGGCUAUAUGAACUUGGCUGAGUAGACAUAUGGACCACAUGAAUUGAGCGAAGUACACUAGUUACGCCAGAUGAACUAGGCUGAGUGUACGUACAGUUAAUGCUGGUGAGGGUGUGAGAGAUAUCCGCAACAGGGACCAUCCUUCAAUUUCAGAGCAUUUUUUCCCAUCACAGUAACACCAGCAGAUUUAAAUUACUCACCGGCUGAUCAUUUACAACUUUUCUUCAAGAUAUGAUGCAUCACACAUUAUUAUUCUUUUUAACUGUAUGCAAUUUAUAUUGUGUUAUUGUAUUGUGUAAGGUAAUACUAAAUAUACUGUACGUAUGUAUUGCCUUAUUGUUGUCUGUUACAUCUAACUGUGCAUCCAGGUUUGAUUCACAGUGUGAAGAAUGUUCAGUGAGGCUGCUGUA